UGCGUUUGGUUUGUCCGAAGACUGACGUCGACGUUGAAUGAAAUUGGUGGUGCUGCUCCCGAAUGUCUUAGCGAAGUGAAAAGAAAGGGAGAAAGAAAAAAGAAAGUUUAACUAAGGGCACGGUUACCGGCCCGUGUGCCAAUUUUUAUUUUGUUUUGAACAAGGCAGAUCAAUGGAAAUUCAUGGCAUCUAACUUGUUGCGGCCGGAACGCUGUUAAAGUGAAAGAGCUAGAGAGGCGCCAUUUUGUUCCUUUUUUUAAUUAUAAAAAUAAGAACACUCCUCGCCCCAGCUCAUCAACCUAAGGAAGGGAGGGAUUAUGGCGAAAAAAACCUACGAUUUACUCUUCAAGUUGCUGCUGAUCGGAGACUCCGGAGUGGGGAAAACCUGUGUGCUUUUUAGGUUCUCGGAUGACGCCUUUAAUACCACUUUUAUCUCCACAAUAGGAAUUGAUUUUAAAAUCAAAACAGUGGAACUACAGGGAAAGAAGAUCAAAUUGCAGAUAUGGGACACAGCAGGACAGGAACGAUUUCACACCAUCACCACUUCCUACUAUAGGGGAGCAAUGGGAAUCAUGCUAGUCUAUGACAUCACAAAUGCUAAAAGCUUUGAAAACAUCAGUAAAUGGCUGAGGAACAUAGAUGAGCAUGCAAAUGAAGAUGUAGAGAGGAUGUUGCUAGGCAACAAAUGUGAUAUGGAAGACAAGCGAGUGGUGCAGAAAUCAAAAGGAGAGCAGAUUGCCAGAGAACAUGGGAUUAGGUUUUUCGAGACUAGUGCAAAAGCUAAUAUCAACAUUGAGAAAGCAUUCCUCACAUUAGCAGAAGACAUACUUCGAAAGACUCCCGUAAAAGAACCUGACCGGGAAAAUGUAGAUAUCAGCACUGCAGGUGGUGGAACAGGACUGAAGAAAUGCUGUAGCUGAGCGCUCUGUGAAAAUCCACUUUAUGCAUUCUAUCUAAAAUGUUCUUUCCUAUUAAAACAAACAAAAUUCUCAUUACCCUUUCUUCUUGCCUGCUUGACACACACAAUUUUGAAAACCUGUAUAAAAUCAUGUCUGUGACUUAAUGUCUCAUUUUAAAUGUGCGUGCUCAACUCACUACAUUUGGUUGUAUUAUAGUUAAAAUUCAUUAUCAAAGUAACAAUGGAUUCAACUCAGCAAAUUGUAUAAGAAUAAAAGUUAGAAUUAACAAAUUUUUGUACAACAGUGGAAUUUUCUCUUGUGUAUAAUGUACUUCUUAAUUUGUACAUUUGUGCAAAAAGUGAGAUAUGAGACACCCGUGUAGACUGCUUUCCUUUAUAGGUUGGAUUAAUUUUGUCUUGUGCCUUAUUUGAAAACAGGCGUAACUGAACGACUGCAGAGGCAGAAGACCAUUUUUCAGACUUGGCUGUUUUAAUAUCUACUUGCUGUAUUAUUAAUGCAUUAUAGGUGCCAGUGUCUGAACACUUUUUUUUGUGGUAAACUCCAGUAUUUCUUGGUCAAUAUUUGCUGGUUAUGCAGACUUGGUUUUUAUGCUGUUGAGGAGAAAAUUGGAAAUUUACUAAUGCAUGUAAUAGUGCUACUUUUUUUUUAUUUAGGGUGACGUGGUUCUAAUUUCUUUAAAUGUGCAAUUUACCGUAAUUUGGGCCACCAGCAAAAAUCCUGUGGGAUAACUAUCUUUCAGUUAAUUUCAGAAAGAUAGACUGUAUUAGCGAGUUUUGAGAAGAUUUGUAGCUCAAGUUGAGGUUCUGGAUGGGAGUUUGCUCGCUGAGCUGGAAGAUUCGUUUUCAGACGUUUCGUCACCAUUCUAGGUAACAGUGAGCCUCCGACGAAGCGCUAGUGUUAUGUCCCGCUUUCUAUUUAUCUGGUUAGGUUUCCUUGGGUUGGUGAUGUCAUUUCCUGUUCUUUGGCUCCAAAUCAAUCUACCAUCCCCU